AAAAAGCAGCAGCCAAUGUUAAAGGCACAACAUAAAGGUCGAAAAAAACGUGUGGACGGUGAGAAUUGAGAAACCAUAGUUCAAAUAAAAACUCUGCAAACACUUGUUCCUUUACGUUUUGUGUAUAAAUAAGAGACCGCCCGCAGUUGGUGACUCAACUCUUCAAAGCAAAAAGAGAAAAAUCAUUAGUCUCUUUUCAAAACUCCCAUUUCUCUUCUCUGCCAAAACAAGAACCCUGACAAAAGAAAGAGGCCGUUUUAGGCAGAGGAAAAGAGAGAGGAACUUGAUAGAAACAUGGCACUGGCUAAAGAAAUUAUGGGUUGUUCUUUGAUUGACAGAUCAUCAUUUGUAUCUUCAUCAAAAGUGUUUCUGAAUUGUACUAGUAAUAAUAAUAGGUUUCAACAGAAGCAGAAACGCUUCCUGGUUAACCCUGUCUUGGUUCCAUUGAAGCAAAGGAGGGUGCAUUUGAGGAAAGUUGCCAAGCCUCCUGUAGCUGCUCUUAGUGAAGAAGUGAUAAAGCCUGUACCGGAUCAAAAGGAAAAAGCGGUUAAAUUUAAGGUCAGAGCUGCUGUAACGGUCAGGAAUAAGAACAAGGAAGACUUUAAAGAAACUUUAGUGAAGCAUUUGGAUGCUUUUACUGACAAGAUUGGGAGGAAUGUUGUUUUGGAACUCAUUAGCACUGAAGAAGAUCCUAAAACCAAGGGUCCAAAGAAAAGCAGUGAAGCGGUGCUGAAGGAUUGGUCCAAGAAAGCAAACGUUAAAGCUGAGAGGGUCCAUUACACAGCUGAGUUUACUGUGGACUCAAGCUUCGGGGUGCCAGGGGCAAUCACGGUGACAAACAAACACCAAAGGGAGUUUUUCCUGGAGAGCAUCACCAUUGAAGGAUUUGCUUGUGGUCCAGUGCAUUUUCCUUGCAAUUCCUGGAUACAAUCCAAGAAAGAUUAUCCUGGAAAAAGGAUAUUCUUCUCUAAUCAGCCCUACUUGCCGAGCGAGACACCAAAAGGUCUUAGAGCAUUAAGAGAGAAGGAGCUGAGGGAUCAGAGGGGCAAUGGCAAAGGAGUCCGAAAACUCUCUGACAGGGUUUACGACUUCGAUGUAUACAAUGACUUGGGAAAUCCAGACAGGGGAAUUGAUUUUGCUAGGCCAACGCUUGGAGGUGAAAAAAUUCCUUACCCAAGACGGUGUCGCACAGGGCGUCUUCCUACUGAAACCGACAUACAAGCAGAGAGUCGAGUUGAGAAGCCAAUGCCAACGUAUGUGCCUAGAGAUGAACAGUUUGAGGAGUCAAAGCAGAACACUUUCUCUGCUGGGAGGCUUAGAGCAGUGCUUCACAACUUGCUGCCACAGUUAAAAGCAAGUAUUUCAGCCUAUAACCGCGACAUAAACUCCUUUGCUGACAUUGAUGGGCUUUACAAAGAAGGGCUCCUCCUCAAAUUAGGUUUACAUGAAGAAAUCAUGAAUAACCUUGGACUGCCAAAAUUGGUCAGCAAAAUACAAGACUCUAGUGAAGGACUUCUCAAAUUUGAAACCCCCAAAAUUGUUUCCAAGGACAAGUUUGCAUGGUUGCGAGAUGACGAAUUUGCCCGUCAAGCAUUGGCAGGUGUCAACCCUGUCAACGUCGAGAGAGUUGCAACUUUUCCACCAGUAAGCAAGCUUGAUCCUGAAAUCUAUGGUCCACAGGAAUCUGCCCUCAAAGAAGAGCAUAUAGUGGGCCAGCUUAAUGGCAUGACUGUUCGACAGGCUUUGGAAGAAAACAAGCUGUUUAUGGUGGAUUAUCAUGACAUUUAUCUACCAUUUCUUGAUCGGAUCAAUGCACUUGAUGGGCGAAAAUCAUAUGCUACUCGUACCAUAUUUUUCUUGACUCCUAUUGGGACUCUUAAGCCAAUUGCCAUUGAGCUAAGCCUCCCACACACCGCACAGCGUUCGCAAUCCAAGCGUGUUGUCACACCUCCUGUUGAUGCAACUACGAAUUGGAUAUGGCAGCUUGCUAAGGCUCACGUUUGCUCCAAUGAUGUUGGAGUUCACCAAUUGGUUAACCACUGGUUACGUACACAUGCAGGCGUGGAGCCCUUUAUACUGGCGUCAUAUAGGCAAUUGAGCGCAAUGCACCCAAUUUUUAAGCUUUUGGAUCCACAUAUGAGAUAUACACUAGAAAUUAAUGCUAUUGCUCGCCAAACCUUGAUCAGCGCUGAUGGUGUUAUUGAGUCUUGCUUCACUCCUGGUCGCUACUGCAUGGAGUUGAGUGCUGCAGCUUAUCGGAGCCAUUGGCGCUUUGACAAGGAAGGCCUACCUGCUGAUCUUAUCCGAAGGGGAAUUGCGGUACCUGACCCAACACAGCCACAUGGUCUAAAGCUCCUAAUUGAAGACUAUCCUUAUGCCUCGGACGGGCUACUAAUAUGGAAUGCGAUUGAGAAUUGGGUUCGAACCUACGUGAACCAUUACUACCCAAAUUCAAGCCUAAUUUGCAAUGACAGAGAGCUACAAAGCUGGUACCAUGAGUCCGUCCACGUAGGCCACGCUGAUAUCAGCCACGAGGACUGGUGGCCAACAUUGAAGACCGCUGAUGAUCUAGUCUCCAUCCUCACCACCAUCAUUUGGCUUGCAUCCGCCCAACAUGCUGCACUUAAUUUCGGACAGUACCCUUAUGGUGGUUACGUGCCUAGCCGUCCACCUCUAAUGAGAAGAUUAAUACCCGAAGAAAAUGACCCUGAGUAUGCUAAUUUCCUAGCUGACCCACAAAAAUAUUUCCUAUCAGCAUUGCCAAGUUUACUACAAGCUACAAAAUUCAUGGCCGUGGUGGACACCUUGUCAACGCACUCGCCUGAUGAGGAGUACUUAGGGGAACGACAGCAACCAUCGAUAUGGUCAGGUGAUGCUGAGAUAAUUGAGGCAUUUUACGGAUUUUCUGCAGAGAUCAGACGGAUAGAAAAGGAGAUAGAGAAAAGGAACGCUGAUUCUAGCCUCAGGAACCGUUGUGGAGCUGGGGUGAUACCAUAUGAGCUGCUUGCACCUAGCUCAGACCCUGGAGUAACGUGCAGGGGGGUUCCUAACAGUGUUUCAAUAUGAUCCAAAAUUAUAAUCAUGUUGCUUAAAUUUAUUUAUUUGUAAUCAAAACUUAGGUAAUAGUUUUCAUUAGACCUUUGAGGCUGGCUUCCAAUUGCGGUCGGCAAUAGGCAUAACUAUUUUUAAAUUAGUGGUGUAUAUGAUAUAGAGCUUUUAGGCAUGCUGUUGUAUCAUAGUAUUAUUAUUAUUAUUAUUAAGCAAUCAAAAAUAAAUUUAUAUAAA